UCCUAAUAUCCAUACACCUUGAAUUUGUCAGCAUGUUGUCACUCCCAUGGCCCCCUUUCUAAAUUGUCAACAUUUGGCACUCCGUGGCGCCGCGCCUAAUGAUUAAUCUUUAUUAGCUGCCAGAGCUCGGUGUGAUGUUUAAAGCUGUUCCAUACUUAAGUCCACGUUUUCAUUGUAACACCGCUAUGUCGAAUACCAAAUAUACAAAUUUUGCUAGAAGAAACAAGUGUAAUGUGUUCAAAGUAAAUAAUAAUCGUGUUUCAAAACAUGAUUCUAUCGGAGAUGCUAAUGAAAAAUAUUUUCCUCAUCAAACAAAAUCGAAACGCUCUACAAUGCAUAUUACAGUUACGGACGAGGAAGAGGAAAUCCAAAUGCUGCGUAGACGCUACAAUGACAAAAUCACAGUUUCUAAAGGUAUUGAAACGUUCACAGAUUUUCCGCUCUCAAAAAAAACUUUAGCUGGAUUAGCCGAAGCAGAUUUCACUAGACCCACCGUAAUUCAACGGGAAUCUCUAUUGCCUGCUAUAUUUGGUAAAGAUAUUCUCGCGGCAGCGAAAACGGGUAGUGGAAAGACAUUAGCUUUUAUCAUCCCAAUCCUUGAACGAUUAUUCUUGGAGAAAUGGACCCGCAUGGAUGGUUUAGGAGCUCUCAUAAUAACGCCAACACGUGAACUGGCUGUACAGAUUUACGAAACUAUGACACAGGUUGGACGGCAUCACGAUUUUACCAUUGGUCUUCUCAUUGGAGGUCAAAACCUCAAAUACGAACGAAAUCGCCUGCACAAUCUGAACAUAAUAAUCGGCACUCCCGGUCGUCUGUUACAACAUAUGGAUCAAAAUCCUUUAUUUGAUACCACAAACUUGAAAAUAUUGGUGCUGGAUGAAGCUGACAGAUGCUUAGAUAUGGGAUUCUCGGCUACAAUGGAUUCCAUCAUCGAAAAUCUUCCUGAAGUACGACAAACUGUAUUGUUUUCUGCAACUCAAACGAAUUCUGUUCGUGAUUUAGCGAGAGUGAAACUAGUGAACCCUGUUCAAAUUGCUCCACACGAGCAUGAAAAAAUCGCCACACCGGCGAAAUUACAGCAAAGCUACGUUGUAGUUGAUCUUGCCAACAAACUGACCAUGCUUUGGUCAUUCCUGCAAACCCAUCCUAAACAAAAAGUCAUAGUAUUUUUUGCCACUAGCAAACAGGUGAAAUAUUUCUACCAGGUAUUUAAGAAGCUUCGUCCUACCUCGUUACUGUUACACCUGUAUGGGGGAAUGAACCAAGAAAAGCGUAACAAAAUAUAUGCUGAUUUUUGCAAAAAGAAAACAAAUGUAUGCUUGUUAGCCACAGAUGUAGCAUCGCGUGGGCUGGACUUCCCUAAGGUUAACUGGGUGGUUCAAAUCGACUGCCCUGAAGACGUUGCCCAGUACAUACAUAGAGCCGGACGAACUGCAAGGUUGAAUACAAGUGGUGAAAAUUUACUCGUUUUGCUUCCGCACGAGGUAGAUCCAAUGUUAGAUUCUCUAGAAAAGAAUAAAAUACCUAUUAAGCAGAUUAAAAUUGAUGAACGUCAGUUAUUUUCACCACUGCUGAAAAUCCAAUCACUGCUUGCCCAAUCCCCAGAAUUAAAAGAGAGUGCAAAACGGGCUUUUGUUGCAUACAUCAAAUCAAUAGCGCUGAUGAAGAAUAAGGAAGUGUUUCAAUUGCACAAUUUAAAUUUAGAUGAGUUUGCAAACUCUUUAGGGUUGAGUAACACUCCGCGUGUUCGUUUUGUUUCUCGAACGUUGGAAAGGAAACGAAAGAAAAUCUUAAAUACUUACGAUUCUGAAAGUAAAAUCAAAAUUACUGGCAUCGAAACUAAGGAUAGCAGCGAUGAUGAACAAGAUCUGGAUGAUUUUCUAAGAAUUAAACACAUUCAUAAUAGUUCACAUAGUUUCGCAUCGGAUGAUCUACAGGCUUUCAAUGUUACUACUGUAUCGGAAGGUGUAAAAAAGAUACAAAAAAAACGAAUAUCUAAGGUCAAGCAAGUAAAAAAGUCCCUACAUAUGAGUAAACGAAUCGUAUUUGGUGAAGAUGGUGCACCGGUUAAUACAAACGAUGAGCCAUCGAACAAGUUCUACGAUUUGAAAGCGGCACGGUUUAGACUAGAACAACAGGAUGCGGAGGAUAAAAAGCGUUAUAGAGCAUUAAAGAAAGCUAAAAGAAUGAUUAUAAAAGAAAAGGAACGUAAAAGGCAUGUUGACGAUUCUUGUGAUCUGGCUGAUGAUUUUGGUAGCGAAAGCGAAGAUGGCGUUUCUCUUGAUUGGCUUCCUGAUCCGGAUAAAGUGUAUGGAAAACGAAAACAGAAUGGGAAAAAUGUUGAUUGUAAACACGCUUCAGGCAGCUAUGAUUUUAAAGAUACAAUCAAAAGAAUGCGUGUACUUCAAAAUGCUCAAACAUUGUCUUUAAAUGAUACAGAACAACUGGCCAUUAAUUUGCUAAAAUAGUAUUUCCGACGAUCGUGCCAAAUCAUUACAUGAUAGUGGUCUCUCCAACAACGAAGUAAAAAAUAUAUGUAUGCAACGGAA